AUGUCAAGGGUGCCGAGUCCCCCUCCUCCGGCAGAAAUGUCGAGUGGACCUGUAGCAGAGAGCUGGUGCUACACUCAAAUCAAGGUGGUGAAGUUUUCCUACAUGUGGACCAUAAACAACUUUAGCUUCUGCCGAGAAGAAAUGGGUGAGGUCAUCAAAAGCUCAACCUUUUCAUCGGGAGCCAAUGAUAAACUCAAAUGGUGUUUACGUGUGAACCCUAAAGGCUUGGAUGAAGAAAGUAAAGAUUAUCUAUCCCUCUAUCUGUUGCUGGUGAGCUGUCCAAAAAGUGAAGUUCGAGCAAAGUUCAAAUUCUCCAUCCUGAAUGCUAAAGGGGAAGAAACAAAAGCAAUGGAGAGCCAGCGAGCAUAUCGAUUUGUACAAGGCAAGGACUGGGGGUUCAAAAAAUUUAUUAGAAGAGACUUUCUUUUGGAUGAGGCCAAUGGACUUCUUCCAGAUGACAAACUCACUCUUUUCUGUGAGGUGAGUGUGGUACAGGACUCUGUCAAUAUCUCCGGCCAGAACACUAUGAACAUGGUGAAGGUACCAGAGUGCCGCUUGGCAGACGAGUUGGGAGGACUCUGGGAGAACUCGCGCUUCACGGACUGCUGUCUGUGCGUCGCAGGCCAGGAGUUCCAGGCGCACAAAGCCAUACUAGCAGCGCGUUCCCCGGUUUUCAGCGCCAUGUUUGAACACGAGAUGGAGGAGAGUAAAAAGAAUCGGGUUGAAAUCAAUGAUGUGGAGCCUGAAGUUUUUAAGGAAAUGAUGUGCUUUAUUUACACGGGGAAGGCACCAAAUCUUGACAAAAUGGCUGAUGACUUGCUGGCAGCUGCUGACAAGUACGCUCUAGAACGUCUGAAGGUGAUGUGUGAGGAUGCACUGUGCAGUAACCUGUCCGUGGAAAAUGCAGCCGAGAUCCUCAUUCUAGCUGACCUGCAUAGUGCUGAUCAGCUGAAAACUCAAGCAGUGGACUUCAUUAACUAUCAUGCUUCUGACGUCAUGGAGACAUCAGGCUGGAAGUCUAUGGUAGUAUCGCAUCCGCAUUUGGUGGCUGAGGCGUAUCGCUCUCUGGCCUCUGCACAGUGUCCCUUUCUGGGACCCCCACGUAAGCGACUGAAGCAAUCCUAAAGUCCUGUCUGUCACACCACCCCAUGUUUUUUUCUGGAAGCAGCAUCAGCUGUUGCUGCUGUAACCUUGACCACCAGGUAGACAGCGAAAUCUGUGGAGCUUUUACUCUGUUGUUGGGGGGAAGAGACUGCUUCGUGACACCCAGACUUUUUAAAACAGCACCAAGUUACUUGGGGAGAGGGGGGAGGGUGGGCCUGGGGCUCUGGGGCUGUUCAACCUAAUGAAUCCCUGUCGCUGCAUCGUCUGUGUGUUCCCUUCAACUUGGCUGAGUCAAUUAAGUUACAGGGUUCGGUUUAGGUACCGACCCAAGUCGGAAUAACCC